GGGAAAUCCCCACUCGCUCCAGGGAAUUCCCCUCGGCUACAAGCCCUUCCCCUCAACGCACAUGGUUUCUUGUGGUCAGUACCAAAAGAACAUCCAUUGACAGUGAACACCUCGAGGCUCAAACAAGAUGGCUGACCAAGCUGAAGUAGUACCAUUGGAUGCUGAAGGCAAACCUCUCUCCAAGAAAGCAAUCAAGAAGCAGCAAAAAGAUGCUGAAAAGAGCAAAAAAAAGGCUGAAACAGCAGCCCGGCUAGAAAGCGAGGCUGCUGCAAGGGACAAGGAUGACGUGUCCAAAGAUUGCUAUGGAGACAGUCCCAUUAUCAAGUCAACUGAGAAAACCGAUCGCAAAUGGACGCAUAUUCGUGAAUUAGUGACAGCAAAGGUCGGUCAAAAGUUCCUAAUCCGAGCUAGAGUGCACAAUCGCCGUGGAGCAGGGAAGUUGUGCUUCAUAGUGCUUAGACAGCAGUACCACACUGUGCAGGCCGUGGUUGCCGUUAGCGAAACUGUGAGCAAACAGAUGACCAAGUUUGCAACCGAUCUGAACUUGGAGUCGGUGUUGGACUUGGAGGGGGAAUUGACAGCUGCCCCUGAACCAAUCACAGGCUGCAGUCAGCAAGAUGUCGAGCUCAAGGUUACCAAGCUCUUCUGUCUGAGCAAAGCCAUGCCGCAGUUGCCUCUACAGAUCGAGGACGCUAUGAGACCUGAGCAUUUGGAGGAUGGUCCGCAAGGUCGUGUCAAUCAAGACACCAGGCUCGACAACAGGAUCAUCGAUCUACGAACCACGGCCAAUCAGGCCAUCUUCCGUGUGGAGGCAGCCGUGUGUCGACUGUUUAGAGAGUAUCUGACUGCCCAGAACUUUGUUGAGAUUCAUACGCCUAAGAUCAUAUCAGCUGCAAGUGAAGGAGGUGCAAACGUGUUUGAAGUCACCUAUUUCAAGGGCCAGGCCUACCUUGCUCAGUCACCACAGCUGUAUAAGCAGAUGGCACUCUGCGCUGACUUCGACCGAGUCUUCACUAUCGGAGCAGUGUUUCGUGCUGAGGAUUCCAACACUCAUCGACAUUUGUGCGAGUUUGUUGGCAUGGAUAUUGAGAUGUGUUUCUACGAGCAUUACCAUGAGGUGCUUGAUGUCAUUGGAGGGAUGUUUGUGAACAUGUUCAAGGGACUGCAAGAACAAUGUGCUGAGCAGAUAACCACUGUACACAAGCAAUAUCCGGCAGAACCUUUCAAGUUUCUAGAGCCAUCGCUCGUCCUCAAUUAUUCAGAGGGUGUGGCUAUGCUGCGAGCCAACGGAGUGGAGAUGGGGGACGAGGACGAUCUGACUACACCAAACGAGAAGUUGCUGGGGAAACUAGUGAAAGAAAAGUAUGACACUGACUUCUACAUGCUGGACAAGUACCCUCUGGCAGUGCGUCCGUUCUACACAAUGCCUGACCCCAAUGACCCCAAAUCCUCCAACUCGUACGAUAUGUUUAUGAGAGGUGAGGAGAUUCUCUCCGGUGCUCAGAGGAUUCACGACCCAGACCUUCUCACGGAAAGAGCUCUUCACCACAAUCUUGACCUGCAACAGAUCAAGGCGUAUAUCGACUCCUUCCGUUAUGGAGCCUAUCCCCACGGCGGCGGUGGAAUAGGCAUGGAACGAGUGUGUAUGUUGUAUCUGGGACUCAACAACAUCCGAAAGACGUCCAUGUUUCCAAGGGACCCCAAGAGGCUCACCCCCUGAUGGAAGAUAUGAAUCAAUGAAUGACUGUGACCUUUACUAUUAUUAUACGUAUAUAGUAGAACAAUGAAUUUGUAGUUUUGACUUGAGAUCAAAGGAUUUUCUGAGCUUG